GGAGCUGCUGGUGCUGGUCAUGCAGCCCCCUGCCCACUCCCACCCCUCCAGGAGCUGUGGUUGAAAAUCCCUGAGGCUCCACAAGUGCCUGAACCAGCCCAGGGACUGCUGGCACUGGCCUGACCAGUACAUCAGAUGGAUGCUCUUUGCCUCCACCAUGGCAAAUGCUCGUGGCUGUUUGCAGGAGGGCAAAAGAGUGGCACGUGGGAUGCUGAACCGGAGGCGCACAAAGGUGGUGCUGGCCCUGUGCCUGCUGCUGGCCCUGUGGCAAUGUUUCCGAGCCCUCAUGGAUGACCUCGGCCCUGUCCCUUGGGCCCCCUCCCUCCUGCACACCCCUGGUGUCCCCUGCCCCGCCAGAGGCAACAGCUCCGCGUGGUUCAAGGAGCGCUACGAGGCGGCCGCAGGGCCCCUGCUGACGGGGGCAGCCCAGGAGCUCUCUGCAGACGUGGUUCAGUGGUGGCUGACCCUGCAGGGUCCCAUGAAUGGUGUCCAGCUCCAGGCCAUAAUUCGGCAACUCUUCAGGGUCCUCCGAGCCCCAACCAGUGACGUGUGGGACCCCCCUCGCUGCAGGACUUGUGCAGUGGUGGGGAACUCGGGGCGGCUGAAGGGGUCCAGCCAUGGGCUGCUAAUUGAUGCUCAUGACUGGGUGCUGAGGAUGAACAGAGCAAAGAUUGCUGGCUUUGAGCUGGAUGUUGGCACGAGAACAACCCAUCACUUCAUGUACCCAGAGAGUGCAGUGAACCUUGGGCCUGGCGUCCACCUCGUCCUUGUCCCCUUCAAGCCCCUGGACCUGCAGUGGGUGACCAGUGCCUUCUCCACUGGACAGGUCACACGCACGUAUGUGAGAGUCAAACAGUUCAUCAGAGCUGACAGAAACAAGGUGCUGAUCCUGAGCCCAGCAUUCCUCAAGUACAUCCAUGACAAGUGGACGCAGCACCACGGGCGCUACCCCUCCACUGGCUUCACGGCCCUGCUCUUUGCCCUGCACACCUGCCAGCAGGUCUCUGUGUUUGGCUUCGGAGCAGACAGCAAAGGGAACUGGCACCACUACUGGGAGGAAAACCACGGGGCCGGAGCCUUUCGCAGGACGAGGGUCCACGAUGCCGACGUCGAAUUCAGCAUUAUUGAGAGACUGGCAGAUGAAGGCAGGAUUUUAUUCUACAAAUGAGGCAUUUCCAAGAAACUGAAGCCAGGCUGUUGGGUCAGGAACAGGCAGCCCCUGUAUUGCCAGCAGCUGCAACACUUGCUGCUCCACUCCACCCAAGCUGGGCUCACAGA